CGUUGUAGAUCAGCUGUUGUUUGGGUUGUGAGCUGAGCAGGGGGCGUGUCAGGAGCAAGGGGCGUGUCUGGUCCGGCUUCGGCUCGCUAUUGGCAGAUGGCUUGCCUGGUAACCAACCAACGCUAACAACAACACGGUGCAAAUUAAAUUACAUUCUCCAGAACGACACGAAAAUAACGAAUAAUAAUAAAAAAAAAUACUUCGCAUAAUGGGGAAAUGGUCAGGAAUAAUGACCGACACUGAAGAACGGUAAGCAUCAUCCAUCCCUAACACAACCCUGAAGAACGGUGGCUCACUCUGGGUGAUGGGUCCCUGAACAUCAUCUAACCCCAACCCUACUAUGGAUAGCGAGGAACACCAGAGGUGUCCGGGAGUGAAGCUCGGCUUUGCUGUGGAAGAGACUCUGGAUGAAUAUUUAAUUGGCCUUCAGCACAAAAACAGAGUGCUCAAGCGGCUCCGGACCAAAGGCCGUGGGCAAAUAGAGCUGGAGCGGCUGGAGCAGGGCUUCUCCCUCUACCUCAAUGGGGCCAACGCCGGGGCCGGGGGCCACACGCCCAGGAAGCCCCCCAACCUGCCUCCGUCCGCCCCCCCCACCGCCAGGAGGGCCACUCACACUGCCGAUGGUCUGAGAGGCAGUCAGGACAGCCUGGUUCUUAGCGGGCCCACGGGCCCCCAACGGAGCCAGACGGGCCCCCAACGGAGCCAGACGGCCCCUGGGAAGGUCCAGAGAAGGGAAUGGGUGCAGGCCCCAGUCAGGAUCCGCACCGAGGACGGAGCCUGUGUGAGAGCCACCCCGGAGAAGCGCUACUCGGACGACUUUGAGCCUUACGGCAGCAAAGACAUGGAGAGGUCCGGUCCGCGGUCCCCCAUCGCGCCCCGCGGGCCCCUGGAGGCGGACAGCGAGAAGGUGCUCCUCAGCAUGGAGGAGAUGAAGGUGCUGAGGCGGAGCCUGGAGGCCAGCGUCCGCGGCGGUAGCCGGGGCUCCGCGGGGGAGGAGUCGGAGGAGGAGUGGGUGGAGGAACAGAUGGAGAGGGAGGAGAGCACAGAGAGUCUGGAGGAGCUGGGGAUGGCCUCCUCCACCUCCUCCUCCGCCCACCGGCAGCCCCAGCCCCGCCUCCCCAGAGACAGGCGCUGCGCCCCGGCCGAGCUCAUAGUGCUGGACUUUGGCCCGCCGCUCAAAGGGCGUACGGUUGACUGCUCUCUUUCCGCCAAGAGGAGAGACAGCGUUGAGACUUCCCUCUCCACCAAGCAAAGGAACGCUCAAAGGCCUGCGUCCCCCCGCGGCGCCCCCUCCUACGUGGGCAGGAAGUCGUGCAGCGAGGGCCGCGACCCGGAGGACGCCGCCUGCCGCGUCUUCCAGGCCAUUCAGCAGGAGAACAGCAACACGGGAUCGCUGGGCGCUCACGCGCAGGACCGGGACCACAGCGGCGUUACCAAGGCGAUGCAGAGGAUAACGCUCAUGGGCCCCAGGCAUCAGCAGCAGCUCCUGGAAGCUCUGGAGAACCUGGAGACGAAGCCCUGCUUCAGCCCCGCCCCCCAGGCCGGCCUGGAGCUCAGGAGGCCAGCGCCGAGGAGGCCCGCCUCCGCCGAGCCCCCCCCCGCUAUUUACGUCACCAUGGAGAUCCUGUCUAACUGGGGCAACGCCCUCCAGAUGGGGCUGACGGAGGUGGAGUUCUUCUGCCCCAGGAACAAGAAGCUGUACGUGUCCCCGCACGACCUCGACAUCAGGAACGCCCACUCCCCCGGGAACCUGGCGGCGCUGGUCAACGGCAAGGCCAAGACCACCAGGGAGCGCCACAUGUGGGCGUGUCCCUUCCACCCGCCCGUCCAACUCUACUUCAUCGUCAGGAACGCCGAGCGAGCCCCGGACUUCGGGAUCUCCCGCAUCAAGAUCUGGAACUACAACCUCAGCCUCAGCAACCUGGAUGUGGGCGCCAGGCACGUGAAGCUCUACCUCAACAGCACGCUGGCGUACGACGGUGAGCUGGCCAAGGGCUGCGGCGACCAGGUGUUGGACUACAGCACCGCGGUGGACCUGAUGCCCCCCCCGGCCCCCGCCACCAGCCCGGCGCCAGGGGGAAGCCCCCGGCGCCACGACGACCGGCGGGGCCCUGAGGGAGGGGGGGACGCGCAGGACGGAACGCAGAUCGCCCCUCUCCCGCCCAUCGUACCCUCCCCUCCACGCCACUCCCCCGCAGAGAAGGACCCCCGGGACCCCCUGGACCUCUCGGGGUCCGAGGGGCCUCUCUCACUCACUGUAGCCAUGGCGACAGUCACCACCCAGCCCCCCCCCUGCAGGGCGGGCCCCCAGUGGCUGCAGCCCCCCAGCAGGGCGGCGCCGGAGAGGGAGCGGCCUCUCUGGCUGGUGCCCCCAUCGGGCCCCCCCCCCUCGGGCCCCUCCCCCUCGGGCCCCUCCCCGUCCCCCUCUCCCACCCCCUCCCUGCUCCCGGAGCUGGCCUGUGACCCGGGCCAGGCGUGCCGGGCGGGGGACCGGGGGGGCGGCGCUCCGAGAACGGGUCUGGACCCCCCGGGUGGGGACCUGUUGGGGGAGGGGGGGCGCAGGGCGGACCGGCCCGUCAGCGGGAGGCGGAGCUCGGCCCGCGGCGCUAGCCCCGCCCCCACCCGGCAGACGGAGGAGCAACAGGGAGGCGAUGCAGACGAGCCCCUCUCCCUGGUGGCCCCCCGGAGGCAGCGGGCCCCCCAGGCGGGCCGCCAGCAGGACCACACCCUGCGGGAGUCCUGGGACUCCCUUCUGCGCUUCAACCAGUGCCAGCGCGGGCGCAUCUCCAACAUGGGCCUGGAGGGGGACAUCUUCGACGAGUUCCUCCGGCGGCAGGACCGGGCCCCGCUCCGGACCCCCGUCCCCGGGGACCCCCUCGCCCCCCCGACCGCCGCCGGCCCCUCCCUGGGGGGCGCCCCCCCCCCGCCGUGUGAGGACGGCGAGGACGAAGCUCUGGCGGAGCGGGAGGAGGACUUCGAGAUCCCGGUGCUGCCGCGGGGCCGCUGGCUGGUGGUCCACAUCCUGUCCACCUGGGGGGACCGCCACUACGUGGGCCUCAACGGCCUGGAGGUGUUCAGCUCCAGCGGCGAGCCGCUGAAGCCCGCCCUAAUCAGGGCCGACCCGCCGGACAUCAACGUCCUGCCGGCCUACGGCAGGGACCCCCGCGUGGUGAGCAACCUGCUGGACGGGGUGAACCGCACCCAGGACGACAUGCACCUGUGGCUGGCACCCUACACCCCCGGCCGCAGCCACGUCCUCUACCUGGACCUGGGGGCGGCCUGCCGCCUGGCCAUGGUCCGCGUGUGGAACUACAACAAGUCCCGCAUCCACUCGUUCCGCGGGGUGAAGGAGGUGGAGAUGGUGCUGGACGGUAGCUGCAUCUUCCGGGGGGAGAUCGCUAAGGCGUCGGGGACGCUGUCUGGAGGUCUGGACCAGUUUGGGGACACCAUCCUGUUCACCACGGACGAUGACAUCUUGGAGGCCAUGUCGCGCUUCGACGAGACCUUCCCCAGCGAGGGGGGGGGUCCGGACGGCCUGGCCCCCGAGGAGGAGCUGCAGCGCCCCCGCACGGCGGACGGCGAGGGGGAGGAGAGACCCUUCACCCAGGCCGGCUUCAGGGAGGAGGACCUGGAGCUGGAGCCGACUCUGGGCCCUGGCACGGCCUGGCACCAGCAGCCCGCCCAGAGCAUGGAGCUCAAUCCUGGGGUGUAUACCGGCAAGAGCCUCAGGCUGGAGCUGGUGCAGACCUGGGGGGACCCCCACUACCUGGGCCUGACCGGGCUGGAGGUGGUGGGCCGGGACGGGGGCAGUCUGCCGCUGGACCUCAGCAUGGUGACCGCCUCGCCCUCCGACCUCAACCAGCUGCCCGGGUACGGCCUGGACGCCCGCACGCUGGACAAGCUUGUGGACGGUCAUAACCUCACCACGGAGGACCACCACAUGUGGCUGGUCCCCUUCUCCAGUGGGGCGCCCCCCCCCACGCUCACUGUCUCCUUCCCGCGGCCGCAGCCCAUCGCCGGACUGCGGGUCUGGAACUACAACAAGUCCCCAGAGGACUCGUACCGCGGGGUGAAGGUGAUCCGCAUGUUUCUGGACGACGUGGCCAUCUCCCCCGCCGCCGGCUUCCUGGUCCGUAAGGGCCUGGGCCACUGCCACUUCGACUCCGCCCAGGAGGUGCUCUUCAUCGACCUGCUGCAGAACCCCAGGGAGCCACACUACCAAGGAGGCGGGCCCACACCGGAGCUGGCCAGCAGGGACUACGAGGCUCCCAUCAUGCCUUGCGGCUUCAUCUUCCAGCUGCAGCUGCUGAGCACCUGGGGCGACCCUUACUACACGGGCCUGAACGGCCUGGAGUUCUACGACCAGAACCACCAGAAGAUCAGCCUCACUGACAACAACAUCGCUGCGUUCCCAGACAGCGUCAACGUGCUGCAGGGUGUGAGCGGAGACGUCAGGACCCCCGACAGACUGGUGGACGGAGACAACAGCAACCUGGACGGACACCACACCUGGCUCGCCCCCCGUGCUGCCCGGCCUGGUGAACCGGGUGUACGUGAUCUUCGACCGCCCCGUCACCGUGUCCAUGAUCAAGCUGUGGAACUACUCCAAGACGCCGGCGCGAGGGUCAAGGAGUUUGGGCUGCUGGUGGACGACCUGCUGGUCUACAACGGCGUCCUGCCCAGUGCGGGGCCCGUGUCCCGCGGCAUCCUGCCCACCUGCGACCCCGUGGUGCCCUACCACUCCAUCCUGUUCACCGACGACGCCGGCAUCACCCACCGCGAGAGGAACACCGUCAUCAGUAACUUCGUGGAGGACCAGGAUGUGAAGCUGACCAAUGAGAAUCAGAUUGUUUAUCACAACAAGAAGAAAGCGACUGCAGACCCGGCCCUGAGGCCGAAGACCUGCAUGACGGACGCAGGGGGGAAGAGGAGGUUCUGACAGCAGCCAAUCAGAGCCCUGGCCCCUCCCCCUCCCCUAAGAGGAGGUACUGACAGCAGCCAAUCAGAGCCCUGGCCCCUCCCCCUUUCCUAAGAGGAGGUACUGACCAGCAGCCAAUCAGAGCCCCUCCCCCUUUCCUAAGAGGAGGUACUGACCAGCAGCCAAUCAGAGCCCAUGGCCCCUCCCCCUCUCCUAAGAGGAGGUACUGACCAGCAGCCAAUCAGAGCCCAUGGCCCCUCCCCUUCUCCUAAGAGGAGGUACUGACCAGAAGCCAAUCAGACCCCUUGCCCCUCCCCUUUUCCUAAGAGGAGGUACUGACCAGCAGCCAAUCAGAGCCCCUCCCCCUUUCCUGAGAGGAGGUACUGACCAGCAGCCAAUCAGAGCCACUGGCCCCUCCCCCUUUCCUAAGAGGUACUGACCAGCAGCCAAUCAGAGCCCAUGGUCCCUCUCCCUCUCCUAAGAGGAGGUACUGACCAGCAGCCAAUCAGAGCCCCUGGCCCCUCCCCCUAUCAUCACGGCCACUCCCUCAGAUUAUCAAGACAGCAGGUCGCCGCCACUCCGGUGCCCCGCCCACGUCGCCAGGGUAACCACUGGGGCAAAGUGGCCCUGCUCUACUUCCUGCUCAUCACCAGGUCAUGUGACUCAUGCUGUUGGCUGCACCCUCCCCACAUGAUUGGUUGGUGUUCACACACACACACACACACACACACACACACACACACACACACACACACACACACACACACACACACACACACACACACACACACACACACACACACACACACAUUCUCUUCACCAACGGUGCACCUGAAGUCCAUCACCAUGGCAACGAGCACACCCCCCUGCUGACUCCGCCCGUGGUAUCGCUAUGCAGCCGUCAGUCUGUCACCUCACAAGGGGAGCACAAUAGACUCACUCUAACCACCGUCUCAGUCUAUACCCCUAUUCUCUCAAAGUGACCUUUAUGGAUUCAUUAUUUUCCAUUAAAGAGAAAGAUUUUUGCAGAAUUAUAUGAUGUUGAAUGAAUAUAAAUUGCCAGUCAUGGUUUGGUCUAGCUGACGGAUACAUUUGAUAUUUUUAAUAUGCACUAUUAAGAUACCUCAAAGGGAAAAUAGAUUACAAAUGGGGAAAAAGUUCUAGUUGUAGUUCCACUACUUGUAAUAGUUGUUUCUUUGUUUUCGUGUGGUACUGACUGAGGUAACUAAAACAUGUCAAACAUUUGACAGGAGGAAGUUCAUUCACACAUCAAUAAAAUGCAGUUUUAUGUAUUUAAUCUCAAUAUGUUAUCUUCUCUUCGUAGUUUUUUUCGCGUCAACAUCUUAUUUUUUUAUCUUGUUCAUUCAUGUGUACAUUGGUUGUAGGAUUAUUUAAGUGUUAAUAAAAAAUGGGGAACAACG